CCAUGUUUCUGACACUCGGCUACUUCCAAGAACCAAUGAUGCCUUCCCAAGUAAAACUCUUCAACCGUUAAAAUCCGAGGAAUUUUGGAUUUCUUUGUUUCUAGGGUUUACGACUUCCACAUCUUAUCCUUCUCGGCGGCCAAAUUCGGUACUGGUUUUCACCACGAUCCAAGUUCUUUGAGAGAGUUUGUCACGAGGAGGAAGAACCCUUUGAGAAUUCCAUGGCUAUGACCGAGUUUGCAAUGGUUGAGGAGCUGGCUUCACUUAUCAAAGACAAUUUAAUCAGCAAGCACCUUAUUCUUUCCACAGAAGAGACUCUAAUUGAUUUUCUUCAAAAUAAUGCUAGUUCAGAUGGUGUAUUAGAGCUUCAACCAACAAGUCCAUAUCAUCGCUUGCUUUUGCAUCGUCUUGCGGAUAUUUAUGGCUUUGCUCAUGAAUCUGUCGGUGAAGGAGAUGAUCGGCAUUUAGUUCUGAUGCGAUGCCCAGAAUCAGCCAUACCAUCAAUCCUUGUCAGUGAUAUAGUUUAUCAGUAUGAUGAUCAAUCAUCCACAUCCUUGCAUCAUAUCUUAAGGAGAGAAGAAGCUCCAGUUUCAAAGUCGACACAAAUUACACAACCUUCAAUUACAUUUGAGCAACGAGAAGCCGCUUAUUUAGCUGCCCGCGAGCGAAUCUUUUCUCUGCAGGAGGGUGAUGAACAUGAAGUUGUUGUUCCGAAGUCUCGUAAAGUUCCUUUAGUUGCCCAAAGGAUGAUAUCACAUGCGCUAGGCCAAAAGAUUUGUAGUGCCAAAUCUGUUGAUCAGCAGAGCAUUCUGCAAAAAUGUGAAGAAACAUCACCAGCUGAUGAUGGUAAAAACGUUACAGGACAGCUGAACUCUACUUUCAGCCCCACUGAAGGCAAAAUUACUCAGCCUAUUAGUGACUUGCCUUCCAGUGGAAAGAAGCUCAAUGAAGAAGAAGCAUUUAAAAGUAGUCCUGGUUUCUCUAAUGUUGAUAGAAAGGUGCAACAGCCAUCCAGCAAAAAGGCAUCCAAUGGAACUUUGAUUCCAAGUGGGUGCAAUCGAAAAGUGGUUAGCAAGCAAAACCUGGAGAGAGAACAAAUAGGAGCUGCCAAGAGGAUGUUCGCCAAUGCCUUGGGUCUACCUUCUACCAAGGGAAAUCAUGGCCUUCAAAUGAAAUCAAAUGAAGGCAAGAAAUCUAUUAGCCAUGACACAUAGGAGUUGGUUGCCGAGAACAACAGGAACUUUGGGCAUUCCUCAAGAAAAAAACUGCACAGUUACAGUUUUGAUGCUAGUGGAAACUCAAACCUUGCGAGGUCUGGUGGAGAGCAAUUGGUUGAUAAGAGAAGAACAUAUCUAUAUUCCUAUUACAUGAAGAAAAAAUUCGAUCAAAUCCAGCUUGGUCGUCGAAACAGAUGCUGUACCUGAAAGAGAUGGAAUCAGAACAAAUGGAAAUGUGGUUUUGUCAUGCAUGAUGAAAUGAACCUCUCGAAAUUGAUUUCCUUGUUGUUUUAUUUUGUUUCUUUCGAGCUUCAAAGUUAAUGGAGAUCAUGAUAUUGAGAUGAAUUUUCGAGAUGUUUAACGUACUGUGGCAGACAAGCAAUGGUGUAAACUUGUACAAUCAAACCUAGUUUGAUCCCUGUCUUAAUUUAUGAAAAAUGAAGCUUAUAUUAUGUGAA